GAGGCGUAAAGGGACGGGGGGGGGCUUCGACCCCAGGAAGGGAGACACGCAGAGGUGACCCCGACCCAAACGGCACCGGGUCGCAAUGGCGGAGUGGGGCGACCUGGAGCGACCGGCGGUGGACGGGGCGGCCGGGGAGGAGUUCCUGCGUGCAGCCUUUCAGGUGCUGCUGGAGGAGGCGGUCAGGAAGGGCACGGAUGUGGCUCAGAAGGUCUGUGAAUGGAAGGAGCCCCACGAGCUGCGGGAGCUGCUGGACCUGGAGCUGCGGAGCCACGGGGAGCCGGAGGGCCGCCUGCUGGAGCGCUGCCGGGAUGUCAUCCGCUACAGCGUGAAGACCUGCCACCCUCGCUUCUUCAACCAGCUCUUCUCAGGCCUGGACCACCACGCGCUGGCGGGACGCCUGCUCACCGAGACCCUCAACACCAGCCAGUACACCUAUGAGAUCGCCCCGGUGUUUGUGCUGAUGGAGGAGGUGGUGCUGGCCAAGCUGCGAGAGCUGGUGGGCUGGAACAGCGGCGACGGCAUCUUCUGCCCCGGGGGCUCCAUCUCCAACAUGUUUGCCAUGAACGUGGCCCGCUUCCAGCGCUUCCCUGAGAGCCGUCGGCAGGGCGGCCGGGUGCUGCCACGCCUGGUGCUCUUUGCCUCAGAGGAGUGCCACUACUCCAUCCAGAAAGGAGCUGCCUUCCUGGGCAUCGGCACUGACAACGUCGUCCUGGUGCGUGCAGACGAGAGGGGGAAGAUGAUCCCUGAGGAGCUGGAGAAGGAGAUCGAGAGGGCAAAAAGCGAGGGUGCCGUGCCAUUCUUUGUCAGUGCCACCUCUGGCACCACCGUGCUGGGCGCCUUUGACCCGCUGGGCCCGGUGGCAGACGUGUGCCAGCGCCACGGCCUGUGGCUGCACGUGGAUGCCGCCUGGGGUGGGAGCGCACUGCUUUCCAGGAAGCAUCGGCACCUCCUGGCUGGCAUCGAGAGGGCUGACUCGGUGGCCUGGAACCCCCAUAAGAUGCUGACUGUGGGGCUGCAGUGCUCGGCUUUCCUGCUCCGAGAUGACUCCGGGCUGCUGCAGCGCUGCCACGGGACAGGAGCCACGUACCUCUUCCAGGCUGACAAAUUCUACGACGUGACGUUCGACACCGGGGACAAGACGGUGCAGUGCGGCCGCCGCGUCGACUGCUUCAAGCUCUGGCUGCUCUGGAAGGCGGUGGGGACCGAAGGGUUGGAGCAGCGCGUGGACAGAGCCUUCGCCUGCACCCGCUACUUGGCCGCGGAGGUGAAGAGACGGGAUGGCUUCCAGCUGGUGCUGGAGCCCGAAUUCCUCAACCUCUGCUUCUGGUUUGUGCCCCCCAGCCUGCGGGGCCGACAGGGCUGUGCUGAUUUUGAGCUGCGUUUGGGGAAGGUGGCCCCCGCCAUCAAGGAGAGGAUGAUGAAGGAGGGCUCCAUGAUGGUGGGCUACCAGCCCCACGGCGCCAGGCCCAACUUCUUCCGACAGAUCGUCACCAGCCCUGCCGUCACCAGGGCUGACCUCGACUUCUUCCUGGAUGAGAUUGAGCGGCUCGGACGUGACCUGUAGGGCCCCCCCUGCCCCCCUCCC